AUGGCGCAGCAACAACCAAUUCAUGACCCUAGCGACGCGAUCGAGGACCAGCUCCUUCCGCACGUUCACCUCAUCUCCGCGAACCAGUAUCCCAACCAAGGCCGACUCGACCUUCAACACGUCACCAAAUGGCUGCUAGGCGCCCCCCAGGUCGCCAAAGACAAGGCACCAUUCUUCUGGACCUAUCUCGAUCGUCCCAACGAUGGCCAGGUUCUCCUCACGUGGCAACCGCUCAAGAGACUGGGAACCAACUAUGCUAGCGACGGCAUCGUCUGGGCGCCUGAGCAGUACCACCGCCAGGAAGUCGGCAAUGGACUGAACCUUGAGAUCUACUACAACAAGACGGGCUUCGCGCCCGGCGACCCAGCGGCCGUCCGCGCUCGCCGCAGGUUCCGACUGGUUCCCUCGCAACAGGUCAACAUCAACGCGCCGCAGCCCGACAUUAGCCUCUGGCUCGUACACUACGGCCAAGCCGACCCCCAGGACCGUCUCCCGAUCAACAUGGUUCCCUUCACGCAAGAUAGCCAGACCAUGCUGAACCAGCGCAACUACCUCCAGAACUGUGGCCAGAUCACGCGCAAGGACUUCAUGCUGUCCGACCGCGGCAACUGGCCGCAAAUUGCGUGGCCGCGCAGUGGCGGCAACCGACAGCAGGUGUACGCGCCCAUUCAGUCGAGGCGACUUCCCCAGCAGAUGGCGUAUCCCACUCACCAGCAGGUCAUGCCCACCGGACGCCGGGGCGGCCGCCAGACGCAAGCGCAGGCGGCAGCCCAGGCGGCGGCUCAGUCUCAGGCGCCGCCUCCGCCGCCCGGCUCCCUGGCUGCCCUCCAGCUCGAGCUGGAGGACGAGGAUCUCUAUGGCGAUGUGUUCGACACGCUGACGCCCCGGGACAUUGCACUGUCUCGGUACCAGCAGAACCACGAGUGGAUGGAGGAGGUGUGGUCCUCUCCGUAUUCGCUCAUUCACAUUACCCCUCCCGACCUGGGUCUCGGCCUGAAGGGCGAGCUCGCCCCUCUCACCGACGGCAUCUUCUCCUCUCAGGGCGGCGAGGCGCACCUGGAGAACCCCAAGAAGCCCUACGUCGGCAAGCUCGACAAGGGCCUCGCGGAUGAGUUCAGGAAGCGGGCGCAGGAGCACAUUGACACGACGAAUGCCGAGAUUGAGAAGAUGAAGGCUGAUCACGAGGCGGCCAUCGCCAAAAUGAAGGCCAACGCGACCAUUCUCAGCGCGGAGAAGGAGCUCCGCCACUCAGUCGAGGAACGCGGAGCCGAGUUCUGGCGUCUCGAGGGCCAGGUGACUGACUCGGACGAGGGCAGCAGCGCCUGGUCGCAGAAGCACAACAAGAAAAUCGACGACAUUGUGGCGCAGGUCGAGGCGCAUCUCGGACGUCAAAUCGCGGUCCUCCAUGGCGUGAACCGGGUGCAGGCGGGCGGCUACUUGGAACCCGUGCCUGAGCCUGUCAAGAAGGCGACGCCGGUGCCUGUGAAGGAGGCGACGCCAGUCGCUCUCCCCAACGUGGGCGCCGAGUCAAACGACAUGUCACGCCGUCCUUCGCAUGCCGGAUCGCAGCAGAGCGGGGCUACCGGUGAUGACGCUGAUAUCGACAUGGGCGGUACGGCUGCGGGUCUUCUCGAUGAGAUGCAUACGGGCUUGUCGUCGACGUCCACGCCCCUCAACUUCCCCACGCCAUCGGGACUCAACUCGGGUGUAGCGACGCCGGCCAACUUGGGCGCACCCUCUCCCGCGCCGGCUGCAGCGUCCGGUCCUGGGCCAGACGUCUCCAUGGCCAACACGGACGCCAACAAGGAUGCGGCGGCCAGCAGCGGCCAGGACCAGGGCAGCGGCGAUUGGGUCGUCGUGCCCAAGGGUGGUGUGUCUCCCGACACGAACGCGAACACGACGCCUGCCCCGGCCCCGGCCCCAGCCCCUGACGCCGCCGCGGCAGCAGCAGCAACGGCACCUACUGCCGUCGCCGCUCGGCAAGGCUCAGCCGUGGGAACACCGGCGCUCACUGAAGGCGACAACGACUUUAGCUCGCUCGGUGACCUCGACACAGCGGGUGAGGCGCUGGCCGGCUACGACGGCGGGCUGGACGGCGGAGCGGGUUCGCUUGGCGAUGGGUUGGACCUGAACAUGGAGAUGGAAGACUCGGCAUUCGGCGACGCGUUCCACGGGGCUUCAAACACGAACACGCCGGGGGAGAAUCAAUCCGAGGGCGUGUAG